UGUGUCUUCACUCCACACUGGCACUUAACCUUCUCCUUGCUUUUCUGUCUCCCUUUUCCGGCAGUGGCUGAGAAACCCUGGCCCACAGCAUGAGAAGCGGACUCUGUUUGGAGACAUGGUGUGCUUCUUGUUCAUAACCCCCCUGGCCACCAUCUCGGGCUGGCUGUGCCUGCGGGGCGCCGUGGACCACCUGCACUUUAGCAGUCGGCUCGAAGCCGUUGGACUGAUUGCACUCACUGUCGCACUCUUCACUAUUUACCUCUUCUGGACACUAGUGUCAUUUAGGUACCACUGUCGAUUGUACAAUGAAUGGCGUCGGACCAAUCAGAGGGUGAUUCUCCUCAUUCCAAAGUCUGUCAACGUACCUUCUAACCAGCAGUCCUUGCUGGGCCUUCACUCGGGCAAGAGGAACUCAAAGGAGACAAUUGUUUAAUGUUCGUGUGGUUGUGUGGUGGAUUUGUUGUUUGGAAGUUUCUGUACUGGGGCCAUGUACUGAGCCGCCCGAAGCCCUCCCUUAAUCUUGUGGGUCAAAGAACAUCCAGAUCCGCAUUAGCACAUCGCCCGAGCAAUGAACUCCACCAGAAGAAAGUGAAUGCUGUUUUACUUCAAAUCAUGGAUGCUGCAAUCAUAUGAUAUUUGCUAAGCUGCCAAACAUGUUUAUUUAGCAGAUACUGUAUGGAAUUUUCCGAACACCUCUUUAACAUGUGAGGAGGGUUGUCCUGCUAAGGAUGCAGUUCAAUUCUUCCUUUUUUACUCUUUCAAAAAAAAAAAUAUAUAUAUAUAUAUUAAACUUAGAUGACAAACAGAAUCAAAAAGCCAAUGUAAAAACUGGUUUCUUGGUUUGGAUGAGUUUUAUUUGGGUUAGUUUAUUUGUUUCCCAGUUUCUAAUGUGGAUUCUCCGGGGGUAAUUUGAUAGCUUGAGUGGUCUUUUUCAUCUCUUUCAUAUCCUUUAUUCAAAGAGACAGCAUAAUGACUGCAGAGUAAGUCAUAUUUGAAGGAUGUUUUGUACUAAACCUCAUUUAAUUACUCAGUUUUUAAAGGGAAAAAAGGUGUGGCAACUCUCCACACGGUGAGCUGUUUAUUUAAAUAUCAUUAAAGAAAAAAAUUAUGGUGAGAAGCACGCUCCUUCUGACUUGUUUGGUACUGACAGCUGAUAGAAGCUAUUUUCUAAUAAUAAAUAUCCAGUGUGUGAAAGACAAAC